AUGCAUUCGUAUUGUCAUAUAGUAUUCUUAGUAACUCUAUUCGUCUUAGUCAAUCUUGUGUACGGAGCAUCGAUAUCUAUUCAAGUGAAUAGUUCAUCGUCCGAAAAUAAGUGCUCAAAGAUUCAGACGAAUUGUGCACGGGAUGGUCUGAUAAUUCCUCUUUGGCAUCCUCAAGUUGGAAUAUCUACUGGUGAUCAAGUCUCUCGUGCUAUUAUAUAUCUGCUCGCACUUAUUUAUUUAUUUAUUGGCGUAGCUAUUAUAUCAGAUCGUUUCAUGGCAUCCAUUGAAGUUAUAACAUCGCAGAAACGUGAAAUUCGAAAGAAGAAUCCCGAUGGAACAGUGUCCGUAACAACAGUAUCUAUUUGGAACGAAACAGUAUCAAAUCUAACGUUAAUGGCCUUGGGUUCAUCGGCGCCAGAAAUCCUUCUCUCCAUUAUUGAAGUCGUUGGUAGAAACUUUCAAAGUGGAGAUCUCGGUCCCGGUACGAUUGUUGGAUCAGCAGCAUUCAACUUAUUUGUUAUUAUUGCUAUAUGUAUUGUCUGUAUACCUACCGGUGAAGUUCGUCGUAUACGUCAUCAACGCGUCUUCUUCGUCACGACUGCUUGGUCAAUCUUUGCCUAUAUAUGGUUAUGGGCAAUUGUCGCAAAGAUUUCCCCAGGUCACAUCGAAGUGUGGGAAGGCACACUGACAUUCUUAUUUUUUCCAUUGACUGUUUUCUCAGCGUACAUCGUAGAUACCAAAGUCGGUCAAUUCAUUCGCAUACGUAUUACAUCACAAAAACAAGUUUCACAAUUAGAGAAUCACUCGGCAACACCGUUACCUCUUACCUUAGAUGCUUCACCUAAUAUGGAUGAUAAUGAACAAAGGACGAUGAUUGACAAUGGAAUCAAAUUAUCGGCGCCUGCAAUUUUCAACGAUGUUCAUGGUAGAAAAUCAUCUUCAACGCAAAAGUCUAUCUCAGGUGGAGUAUUCGAUCAAUUAGGUAGUACGACGACUGGCAUUGAUGACAAUGCUAUUGCUGAUCAUAUUGAAGCACAGCGAAGACAAGAAUUCAUUGAUAUUUGGCGACAAUUACGUAAACAGUAUCCCAAUCAUGAUAUGCAUACAUUGAAUGAUAUGGCUGCUCUUGAAAUGAUGAAUCGUGUACCGAAAUCUCGAGCAUACUAUCGUAUACAAGCCACUAAGCGUUUAGGUGGCGGUGGUGGAAAUUUGAAAAAGAAAUUCUUAGAAAAACUAAAUGAACCAGAUGAGUUAGCCCCUACUGAGAAAGAACAAUUGAUACACGAUCCGACGUCACAUAUCAGUAAAAUACGAUUCGAACCCAAUCACUACACAGUGUUAGAAAAUGCGGGCUAUGUGACAUUAUACGUUCUACGUAGUGAUGGAAAUUUACGAAAUACAGUCUAUGUUGACUACUCAACAGAAGAUGGAACAGCAACGCACGGAGCAGAUUAUGAACCUGCGGAAGGAACUAUCAUCUUUUAUCCUCUAGAGACACAUAAAGAAAUUCAAAUCAGAAUUAUUGACGAUGACAUCUUUGAAGAAGAUGAGCAUUUCUCUGUUAAACUGAGUAAUCUGAGAAUCAAAGACAAUCAAGGUCGUUUAACUCCUGGUUCAUUCGAUAAAAGUGUUCAAUUAGUCGAACCAUCGUCAGCAGUGGUGAUGAUCAUCGACGACGAUCAUGCUGGCAUGUUUGUUUUCGAAGAAGAUGAAAAAACUGUAAUUGAAUCUGAUCGUCAAGUUGAAAUCAAAGUCCUGCGGACAUCUGGCGCCCGUGGUCGUGUCCGUAUACCAUUCAAAACUGAAGAUGAAACAGCUGUCCAUGAACGAGACUAUAUUGCCAAUGCUGGUGAAGUGAUAUUCGAAAAUAAUGAAAAUGAAAAAACAAUAACAAUUGAAAUUAUCGAUCGUGAUCAAUAUCAACGUAAUGAAACAUUUCUUAUUUGGCUAGAAGAACCAAUAUUGAUUACAGACCAAUCAGAAAAUGCGAAAUCAGGCAUGUGA